UCUACCCGAGUUGGGGAAGCUUUUCACACAAACACAAAGAUAUUAUAAAUAAAUAAAAAAGAGAGAAAGAAAAGAUGGCCGGAGCAUCAUCAUCGGCGGCGCCGGAGGAGGAGGUGACGUUGACGGUAAAGUGGAGCGGGAAGGAAUACACGGUGAGAGUAUGCGGCGACGACGCCGUUGGAGAAUUGAAAAGGCGUAUAUGUGAAGUUACUAAUGUACUCCCUAAGAGACAGAAGCUUCUUUACCCUAAAGUUGGAUCUAAACUCGCUAAUGACUCUCUCCUCCUCUCUGAUCUCCCCCUCAAAUCUUCUCUCAAAAUGACCAUGAUUGGCACAGUUGAAGAUGAUAUUAUUGUGGACCAAGUAGAUUCUCCAGAAAUCGUUGAUGAUUUCGAACUUGGACAGGAUGAAGUUGUUGAUAUCAAAGAUAAAUUUGUCAAUAAGCAGAAACUUAAGAGGCGUGUUAAUCAGUACAAGAUUGUACUCCGGAAUCCGUGCCGUAAAGACAAAAAAUUGCUUGUCCUAGAUAUUGAUUAUACCUUAUUUGACCACCGGUCAACAGCAGAGAAUCCUCUUCAACUCAUGCGACCUUAUCUUCACGAGUUUCUGUCAGCUGUCUAUGCUGAGUAUGAUAUAAUUAUAUGGUCUGCAACCAGCAUGAAGUGGGUCGAGUUAAAGAUGGAACAACUUGGGGUACUCAACAAUCCAAACUACAAAAUCACAGCUCUACUGGAUCAUUUGGCAAUGAUAAAUGUUCAAUCAGAGAGUCGUGGUGUCUUUGAGUGCAAGCCUCUUGGUUUGAUAUGGGCUCACUUUCCAGAGUUUUACAAUUCAAGGAACACUAUCAUGUUUGAUGAUCUACGGAGGAAUUUCGUGAUGAAUCCUCAAAAUGGGUUGACAAUUAGACCUUUCAGGAAGGCACAUGCAAAUCGAGAUACUGACCAAGAACUUGUGAAGCUAACUCAAUACUUGCUCUCUAUUGCUGAUCUUGAUGACAUCAGUGUCCUUGAUCACAAACACUGGGAGAAGUACAGCGAGGCUCAUUCGAAAAGACGGAGACAUACAUGAUUGACAGGAUCGAUCUAACAUCUAAGAGAUGGUGCUUGUUUUGAGUUAUGAUACCAGAAGCUGGGUCUUGCUGAACCUUUUAUUUUUAGUCUUUCCUUGUGGUUUUCUACCCUACAAAUGUUAAAUAUUGAAGAUAGAUUUUCAUCAGAUUCAGUGACCUUCUGUUUCCGGUAAUCUUCACCAUAGGAUGAAUAUUGCUAAGAAGUGUCUGCUCUUUAUUUCGCCAAAUUAGUCAUUUUGUGGCUCAAAAGUGCUUUUAAUUUUACCUAAAUGUUGUAUA